GGAGGCCAACUGAAUUCAAACUCGCUCCCCCGCUCACUCACUCGUCGCUCGCUGAACAUUCAGCAAUUCUUCCCCUUUCUCGAUAAUCCAAGCAAGAUAUUUCGGAUUCAGAAGUUCAAAAAGGAUCAAAUCGAAAUGCUUCACGAACUCCUGCUGGCUUUGUUGGGUUACACCGGAGAUCUCAUAAUCGACGAGAGAGAGCACCGGAAAGCUCUGGGCAUAAACUCAUUCUCUGAUCAACCCGCCUUCAAGCUCGCUCCUGAUAUCUCCUUCGUCCAACGAAGCGAUAGGUACAGAAUAGUAGGGAUAAUUACCUUAGGGUUUUACUACAGAGAGCUCGAUCGUUUUGCAACCAAGUCUCGGAAUUUUAGUUGGGUUAGGUCUCCCUAUCUCGCAACUUCCCAGACUGAUCAUGACUUGUCCAACUCCCAAACCCUAAAACCCAGUGUCUACCGCAGGGCCAUUGCUAAUGGCAUUGUGGAGAUACUUUCAGUGUAUAGGUCAGCUGUUCUGCACAUUGAACAAAAACUCUUGUCGGAAACUAUACCCAUUUUGGCUACUGUUACUCAAGGCCUCACGAAGUUUUUUCUUCUCUUGCCGCCUCUCUAUGAACUCAUUCUGGAGAUUGAACGGGAUGAUAUUCGUGGAGGACAACUGCUAAAUCUUUUGCACAAACGAUGUCACUGUGGCGUCCCUGAGCUGCAAGCUUGCAUCCGAAGGCUGCUUUGGCAUGGGCAUCAGGUCAUGUACAAUCAGCUUGCAUCAUGGAUGGUCUAUGGGAUUCUUCACGACCAGCAUGGAGAAUUUUUUAUUUGGAGGCAGGAAGAUAAGGAUAUAGAACAUGGCACAUCUCAGCCAGAUAUUUCUGAGAAGUUAGCAUGCAUGACAACUGAUGAUACAUCUUUAACAGAUUGGCACUUGGGAUUUCAUAUUUCUUUGGAUAUGCUGCCUGAGUAUAUUCACAUGCGUGUCGCUGAGUCUAUUCUUUUUGCUGGCAAAGCUAUCAGGGUUCUCCGUAACCCGAGCCCUGCUUUUCGAUUUCAGGAUUCUGUAUACCAUCAGCAGGUUACAGAAGCCUCCCAGAAAAGUCAGGCAUCUACUGAGCGUUUCCUUUUUCAAAACAAUCCAUUGUUAGAUGACGAAGUGAUUGGAGAAGAGCUUCUUCCACAGCCUGAGGCUGAUAAGAUUGAAAAUAUGCUUCAGGACCUGAAGUGUCAGUGCUUUCUUGAGGGGAGUCGUCAACUAAUGCGUUUGCCCCCUCGCCAUUCAACUGCUGAAGCUGAUCUUAUGGUACCAUUUCAGCUGGCAGCAAUAAAGACGAUUGGUGAGGAAGACAAAUAUUUUUCUAGAGUAUCACUACGGAUGCUUUCGUAUGGAAUCACAGUUAAAUCUUCUAAAGUUGAUUUGCCAAAGCCAAAAGCAUAUGUUGAUGGAAACUCAGGUGUUGCACACUUGAGCACAUCUUCAGAUGUAUCCCUUGAUGGCUGGGAUGGUAUUGCUCUUGAAUAUUCUGUUGACUGGCCCUUGCAGUUGUUUUUUACCCAAGAAGUGCUCUCCAAGUACUGUAGGAUCUUCCAGUAUUUGUUGCGGCUAAAGAGAACUCAAAUGGAAUUGGAGAAAUCAUGGGCAUCUGUGAUGCACCAAGAUCACACUGAUUUUGCCAACCGCAAUGACCACAUGAAAUGUUCAAUAUCUCAGCAACGGCGGCAAUGCUUUAGACCUAUGUGGCGUGUUAGGGAGCAUAUGGCAUUUUUAAUAAGAAAUCUUCAAUUUUAUAUCCAGGUUGAUGUGAUAGAAUCCCAAUGGAAAGUUCUACAAGCUCAUAUUCAGGAUUCUCGUGAUUUCACUGAACUUGUCGGUUUCCAUCAGGAGUAUUUAUCAGCUCUUAUUUCUCAGUCGUUCUUGGACAUUGGUUCUGUGUCAAGGAUACUGGAUAGUAUUAUGAAACUUUGCCUUCAGUUUUGUUGGAACAUAGAGAACCAAAAAAGUAAUGCAAAUACAAUUGAACUUGAACAUAUAACUGAGGAAUUUAACAAAAAGUCAAACUCCUUAUACACUAUAUUGCGCAGUAGCAGGCUUGCUGGGAGUCAGCGAGCCCCAUUUUUGAGGCGGUUUCUUCUGCGUCUAAAUUUCAAUUCCUUCUUUGAGGCAACUGCAAGAGGUGUGCUGAAUGUUGUAAGACCCCGGCCAACACUUCCUAUUCUGAAUCAACAAUAGGAUUAAACUUUCCCAAUUCACAAACGCUUCCAACAAUUUUCUUGGUCACAGCCCAGCACCAAGUUUCGUCCAUGAUUUCUGCACUGAUGGAAUCCAAGUGAAUAUUUAUAUCCUGCUUCUCUUCUCUUGAAUUGUAGAUGGCAAUUCAGGUAUUGGGCUUGAGGCUGCAGUUUCUUCCCUGCUCAGAGUUGACACAUUAGUAAAGCAUUUUUUCAAAAAACCAGUAAGGCCUUCUAUGGAAGCUGUUCGGUGCUGCUUGGAAAGCAAGGUUGUCUUUGUAAUUGCUAAUCGGUCUGAUUUGAUACCUGAAUGCAAGGGUCUUUCUGGUGGCUAGCUGCUAAUGCACUUCUGGAUGUUGUUUGUAAAGUGUGUUUCUUUUUAUUUGCUUGUAAAGUGAACUAAUUUUGGGAGGUGAAAAUGCAGAAAUUCUGAAUUAUAAUCACAUGUGUAAAACAGCAGAACGUGUCACAAUUGCUACAUUACGUCUCUGUACAGUCUGAUAAUUUAUCAACAAACAAUAUGAAGAACUCAAGGUGCAAUUGCAAUUA